GGAAGUUUUGAUUGUUGAAGUUAUUGUUGCAUCUUUCAGACAGCCCCACUGGACGGUCUGAGAGCUCAGUUGCGCAUCAGAAAUAACGUUUUUCUUACGACGGUAUGAGAGUUUCUGCUGUCGUGACAUAGAAAUGUGCGAGAAGGAAAGUGAACUUAAGAUUGAAUUUUCCCCAGGGCAUGUGGAAUUAAUAAAGCAGGAGAAUGUGGCAAUCCCAUACAGACGCGUGCUAGUAACAGGUGCCACGGGGCUACUUGGUCGCGCUGUGUAUGAAGAGUUCCAGAACAAUGCCUGGGAUUCUCUGGGUUGUGGCUACACACGGGCACGUCCUCGUUUUCUCAAGUGCAACUUGCUGGAUGAGGAGGCCUUGCGGUCAAUAAUCCAGCAGUUUCAGCCCCAUGUGAUUGUACACUGUGCCGCAGAGAGGAGGCCAGAUGUGGUGGAACGCCACACUGAAGCUGCCUUCAACCUCAAUGUCCAUACAUCAGCCACCCUGGCUAAAGAGGCAGCUGGGAUCUUUCUCAUCUACAUCAGCACUGAUUAUGUGUUUGAUGGCCGUAACCCUCCCUAUGGAGAGAAUGAUGCCCCCAAUCCCUUAAAUCUCUACGGCAAAUCCAAGCUGGAGGGAGAGAGGGAAGUCCUGAGACAUAACCCAGGGGCCGUCAUCCUGCGGGUGCCCAUCCUGUACGGUGAGGUGGAGCGUGUGGACGAGAGUGCGGUGACCGUGCUGUGGAACCGCGUGCAGGAGGGAGCGGAGAGCUGCACCAUAGACCACUGCCAGCAGCGCUUCCCCACGUACUGCAAAGACGUGGCCCGGGUCUGCAGGCAGAUGGCCGAGAGAAGAACGCAGGAGCCCACAUUGCAAGGCAUCUUCCAUUAUUCUGGUAAAGAGCAAAUGACCAAAUACGAGAUGUCGUGUGCAAUAGCUGAUGCGUUUAAUCUACCCAGCAGCCACCUCAUACCGCUGACAGAGCAGCCUGCGGGUGCCGGGGCGCAGCGUCCUCAGAACGCCCAGCUGGAGUGCUCACGGCUGGAGGUGCAGGGCCUGAGCGUGGAGCCCACCCCCUUCAAGACGGCCAUCAGGGAUGUCCUCUGGCCCUUCCUGCAGGACAAGCGCUGCAGGCAGACCGCCUUUCACUGAGGAGCGAACAUACAUGGCACUAGAGAGAAAGAAUGCAUUCCUAAAGCAGUAGUGAUCUUUCAUGUGUCAUGGGGUAGUUUAGCUGAGGUUACCGGUUGAGUGUUUGCACAGUUAUUUUCCUCAUCCUGUAUUCACUGGACCUGUGAUGGUUCAUACAGACACACAGACUCUGACUACUUUGGACUUGUUUAUGUUUCUGUCCAUAAAGUAAUAUUGAUAAUCAUUGCGAUUUGGGGAUCCCAAUUCUGUCAUUUUAUUUUCAAACAAAUGUUUGUUUGCGGGUGUUGGCUUUUGUUUUGGGUCUACCAGUUCAUAAUACUGUCUCAUCAUGGUUUGUUCCACCUGGUUGAUGGUGGAUGUGAUGUCUGUGCUAGCAGGCCUACCUAAAUGAUAUCAUCCCAAAACUGAGUAAGUUUGAGAAAGUGUUGACUGUGGAGCUUGUCAGACUACUUAAUCUAAACACUGAGUGUGCAAAAGUUGGGAGUUGCUACGUUUACUUUCCUGAAGGAACUGUCAAGAACACUAAUGUUUUCAAUUCUGGGGUUGAGCCCUUUGCAAGCACUGUUUUCUCACGUGGCGUGGAGUGACCACCAAUUAUAUACAAGAUUUAAAUACUUUUAUUUGAUUGAGCAUCUGGAUAUAUAUGCUUGAAUAAAAAAGUACUAUUGAAAAAAAAAAAAAAAAAA